UAUAAGAUACUUACUGUAUACCGGAACAGAAAUAUAAUGCUAAAUAGAAUCGCUGGAAAGUUUUAUACAAAUAAAAAAGUUUACAAACUUGAAAAAUUCUAAAAAUAUCGCAGCGUAACCAACAAAAAAAAAAUCACAUUUUUUUGUUCUUUUAAUAAUUCCAAAAAAAUUUAAAAAUUCAAUUUAUUUUUUUUUUAAGUGAUUUUCAUGAAAAAGAAAAAUUAAAAUUUCAAAAUUUUCAAUUAAAUUAUAAAAAGUGUAGCUCAAAUACACACGUACUCAAAUACACACCUGCUCAUAUUAUUUUUCUUGUGUAACAAAAAAGUGUUUUAAAAAAAAAAUUUAUUCAAAAUGGAUAUGGACUUAUGGGGUCAAAUAGCUGUAGAAGCUUCACAAGUUUAUUUAACAGAUGGCACUAAACGUAGCCCAUUUGCAGAUACGACUAUAGAAAAACUUCCUGACAAAGUUAUAUUGAACAUAUUCUCGUACUUAUCUCAUCGUGAGAUAUGUCGUAUGUCGAAAAUAUGUCGUCGAUGGCGUCAAAUAUCUCAUCAACCUACACUUUGGAAAAAUGUAUCAUUACGUCCUGAAAUAUCUGGAUUACAUGUAACAUCAUUAGAAUUCUUAUUGGGAUUGGUAUCAACAAGAUUUGGACCAUCAUUACGUUAUAUUGAAUUGCCAAUUGAAUUGAUCACUCAUACAGUUUUACAUGAAUUAGCUGCAAAAUGUCCAAAUUUAACUCAUAUGUUAUUAGAUUUUUCAACGGCUAUGCAACUUCACGAUUUCAGUGAAAUGCAAGCUUUUCCAACAAAAUUACGAUAUCUUUGUAUAUGUUUAUCUGAAGUUAUCUUUAUGGAAGGUUUUAUGAGAAAAAUUUAUAAUUUCAUUAAUGGUUUAGAGGUGCUACACUUAAUUGGUACUUAUGAGAAAUGUGAAGAAGUUGAAGAAGAAAUUUAUGAAGUUAUCAAUGUUGGUAAAUUAAAAUCAGCAACACCAAAUUUACGUGUUAUCAAUUUGUAUGGCAUUAAUUUUAUUGAUGAUUCCCAUAUUGAUGCAUUCAGUUCAAAUUGUAUUCAGCUUGAAUGUCUUGCUGUUAAUUUCUGCAAUAAAGUUACUGGUUCAACAUUGAAAAUUUUGAUACAAAGAUCAAAACGAUUAACUUGUUUAUUAAUGAAUGGUACAAGCUUAAAAUCAGAAUAUGUUAUGCAAGCUGAAUGGGAUAAAUGUAAUUUACAAGAAUUGGACAUAACAGCUACAGAUUUAUCAAGUGAAUGCUUAGUUGAUUUAUUGACAAGAUUGCCAACAUUGAGAUUAUUAAGUGCUGGUCAAAUAAAUGGAAUGACCGACAGCGUAUUAAAGGCAUGGAUGGAAAGUGGUAAUCCAAGAACUUUAAUAGCAUUAGAUCUUGAUUCAUCCGAUAAUUUGACUGAUGAAGGAUUAAAUAGAUUUUUAAGCCGCUAUGGUCCCCAAUUAUCAGCAUGUUGUUUAUCUGGCAUGACACAUAUCACAGAUCAACUUUGGAUGAGUAUUCUUCCACUUUUGAAUAAUGCGAAGAUUUUAGUAAUGGGUACAUCUGAGAAGCUAGGUGUUAAUAUUCAUGUUGAUCAACUUAUGGAUGGUAUCGCUUCAAAUUGUUCAAUACUUGAACGUCUUGAAUUAAGAUGGGAUCCUGAUAAUUUAAGAUUUUCUGACAAAAGUCAAAAAGCUAUUGAUUUGCUUCGUGUUAAAUGUCUUAAAUUACGCUGUAUGGUUUUAAGUGACGGACGUUAUUAUGAAACAGUAAAAGCUAAUUUCGAAAGAGCUGAUAGAACAACAGUUGUUAGAACAACUACUUGUUGCCGUAUUUCUACUUAUUAUUUGCUGCAAAAUUACAAUGAUUUAAUAUUUAAUUAAAUUAAAUUCUACUCUUAUAAAUUUUUAAUAUCAUUGAUUGUUACAAAAAAUUUUUAAAUUUAUACAAUUUAGUUAAUUUUUUUUAAAUUAUAUUAAAUAUUUCCUUUUUUUGUUGCUGUGCUUGUUGUUUGCAAUAAACUUGAAGAAAAAAAAUAUAA